AUGGAAUGGCCAACUGAUCGCACAUCAGGGACUGCAAUGGCAGUAUGGAGACAUGCUGCCGAGGCAGCUCUAGUUGACAUUACUCAAGAUCGAGAGAAAAUUACACCGGCAAUCGAGAACUUCAAGCAGUCCCUCGCAGCCUGUGAGAACUUUCGAACAGAAUACAGAAAUAUCAUCGAAGAAUUCGUCACAAUCAUGGCUUCUGCCUCCAAUGAGCAGGCUUUAGACAUGGCACAAGCUGGUAUCGAUGCGUUGCAUAGCCUGAUGAUUUAUAGGCUCGAUUCACACACCGCAGUUCCGGCGAAAGAUGCUUUUGUUGUAACCUCGUCUUAUGAGAAGCUGAGAACAGUCCAUAUUCAAGGUACCCAGGAGAUUGACAGCAGUGAUUUCCAGCUUCCACUGGUCAAUCCUGCCAAUAUUAAAGAAGAGCUCUAUGGUCAUGGUGCCUGUGCUCAAGUCGAUGCGUGGCAACAAUAUGGUGUGCUAGAGACUUCGGCAAGCGUAUAUGCAAAGACAGCUCUGGUGAGCCGUUCCCUCCCGUCGGUUGCUCAUCGAAAAAAGUUUUGUCUGCUAGGCUGUACCUCGGAACUUGGACCUGCCAGGUCCCUUUUGCUCAUCCCUGGUGCCGAAGUACUUGGCGUUUGCCGUGGUGGUGAGAAAUAUACAUCCCUUCUUCAGUACGUUGAAGCGCGUUCACCGGUCACUACUCGGCUAACGGUCCCCGAGAACGGUGCGGAUAUCUUGACCCAAGGACCAGAGAUUGCACAGUGGAUCCUUGAUCAGACCAAAUCAGAAGAUACCUUGGUACUUAUGCCACUCGCAUAUGCCGAUGGCGAAAUGAAUGUCCGUCUUUGUGUGGCAAUGGAUUUGAUAAUGCAACGUAUCACAAGACAAAGGCGCAAGGCGAUAGUGUACCAAUAUUCCACCCCUACUCAAGUUCUAGUGCUGCCCCCCAUGGCCGCAUCAGCCGCACAAAACAGGCUUGGAAAAAGGCCUACUUGGGAAAAGUUCACUAGUUCUCUGUCUUUAGGCAAUUGGUUGCAACCGUCACUACCAGAAUCAAACAAUGACUAUUGUAUCCUAAAUGGUAUCGCUACCGCACAAGGUCCCAACUAUAUUUUGGCAAAAACACUGCAAAUGUGGCGUUGCAUGAUCGCCUACUAUCGUGAUGACCUAUGUGUUUCUGCUCCAUUCGCUCCAAUCUGUAGAACGCGCUCGGUUGUGGCCUACAAAUCAAUUGCAAUAGUACUCGAAGGCAUGCAUCAUUUUGAACCUAUGCUAGCCUUUGAUGCCUCUGUCGCUUCAAGUUUGAUGUGUGCAAUAAUGAUGUCACAGAUUCAAGUCGUAAAUCGACCUGUUCCAGAUAUGGAUGAGAAUCCUUUCACUUUGUUCUGGGAUGGCUCAGCCCAUGGGGGUGUGUGGACGUGUCCCUAUACUCUGGAAAGUAUCUCUACCGUAAAUUGGAUGCUUGGUAGAACAAUGUACCCAAAAGGGUACAUUCCGGAAGCAGCCUUGGCCAAGGAAAAAACACCUGAAGAAAAGACAAAAAGAACAAUGGCCGCAAUUAAAGCACUAGAGGAGAUGGAACAGAGCCAGUUUGGAAAACCGAUGCCCGAAUGCGUGCGAGAGAGGCUUGAAUUUAUGUAA